CUGAGAACCAGCACAUACUGACUCAUAGAGAGAGAGAGUCUGUGUGUGUGUGUGUGUGUGUGUGAGAGAGAGAGAGAGAGAGAGAGAGAGAUGGCUCGGCUGGAUGUUACAGAAACUUUUCAGGGCAUCACUUUUCCUGGACACUUGCAUACUCAGGAAUCCUUACACUAUGCUACUGAAUUCAAAUUUCAGGAUACGGACAUUUUGAUUGUCACCUAUCCCAAAUCAGGGACGACAUGGAUGCAGGAAAUUGUCACACUGGUAUCAUGCAAAGGAGAUCCAGUAAAAUCUCAAACCCAGCCGAACUGGGCACGAGCCCCAUGGAUCGAGCAGUACUACAUCUCCGAUGUCCUGAAGGCUUCACAAGGACCUCGGCUCCUAACCACUCAUCUUCCUUACAAACUACUUUCUCCUGCACUCCAAGGCUCCAAAGCAAAGGUCAUAUAUGUGGCAAGAAACCCUAAAGAUGUCAUAGUAUCUUAUUACUACUUCCACAAAAUGGCCAAUUUCCUAAAAGACCCAGGCCCGUUCUCAGAGUUUCUGAGCGAUUUUCUGGAAGGAACAGUGUAUUAUGGGUCUUGGUUUGAUCAUGUGAAAGGUUGGACCGGCAAUUCAAGAAACAUCGAAAACUUUCUGUACAUCACAUAUGAAGAAAUGUGGGAGGACCUGCGUGGUUCUCUGGAGAAAGUGAGCUUGUUCUUAGAGUACCACCUGCUGGAGAACGAAUUGAACAGCGCCCAGAAGAGCUGCAGCUUCUCCACCAUGAGAGAGAAUUGCAUGGUGAACUACACCCUGAUUCCUCAGGAAAUCAUGGAUCACAAAAAGGGGAAGUUCAUGAGGAAAGGUCAAAUCGGAGACUGGGUCAACACUUUCUCCAAGGAGCAAAGUCACAACUUUGAUGUAGUGUAUGCUUCCAAGAUGGCAGACUCUGCGCUGACAUUUGUGUGGGACACAAAAAAAUCCCAUGUAGACACAGAGAUCUUACCACUCUGCACCACUUGAAACAGCACCUUCAUUUUUAAUUAACACUUGUAGUGUUUUCCUUUCAAUCAUCCGAUUCCUUAUUGCUUUCAUUAAUAUUACAUUAUUUUGUACAGCUGUCAAAAAUUUGGUUAAGAAGCAUAGCAACCACUUUGCACCCAAGAAAAAUAUCAACUUUUAACUAUGUUCAAGAGAUUUGAUAAAUAUUCAGACUUGGGUGCCACAGUACAUAAUAUUGCAAAGUCCCUGGUUUGAUCCUAAGCUUUUGUUACUCUCUGUCUGGAGCUUCACAUGUGGGUUUGCUUCCACCUCCCAUAAACAUUGCCAGUAGGUGGAUACACUAAACUGUCCUAAGGAAUGAGCGAGUGUGUGGAGGUUGCAUCCAUGCUGUAUUCAAAUACACGCUUUUUUCCAGGACAAAUUCCACACACAACAACUGUAAAAAUGAUAAAACAAUGACAGAAGAUGAAUGAAUGAACAUUCAAACGUCAAUUGUACACAGCUUGCCAUUUUCACAUUUGUGUGGCUUUGGCAGCCACAACAUUUUCGCUUUCACAGCCAGAAAUCUUCUGUUUAAUGUACAAAUUUAUUAUUACAGGAAAAUGACUCCUCAACUCUUGUCACCAUGUAUCAUAUGUAUCCUUGCUAGAAGAAAAGAGACGGGAGAAAAAAUAAAAUGUGUAGCAUGACUAAG